UCACAACACAAUCAUGAGCUGAUAGCAUUCAAGACAAAUAAAAGGUUAGUGAGACAAUGAUGACUCAAACUAAAUUUUAUCAGCUUACAGAAAGAGUACGAUGGGUCUGGUCCAGAAUAUAUGCUGUCUACACGAACAACACGAAAAGCUGGAACGAAAAACCUCUCCUCUUGUUGAGCUGCUUCACCACCAGCCUCAUUCUGAGCGCCUUCCUCUUCCUCAUCCUUCACUUUUCCUUCAAUUGUGUCCAGGAGGUCUCGGUUCCCCUCGCUUGUGUUUUUUGUGUAAGCUUAACACCAGCGAUGUAUUUCUCAGAAAGGAUCCGUUGUUUCGGAGCCCUGGUUUUGAUCUCGAUGGGUAUGAAGCAAGUGAAGAGUCUUCUUCUCACAUUAGGAACCAGUUCAGUGAUUUUCUUCAACAUCCAGAACAUGCUACAAAACAUGAGACUGCUUGCAAAAGGUCUCCUCUGCAACUUGGAGGAAAAGUUACUGGAUAUCAAUACAGAACCCCUCGGAAAUUAUAUAAAAAUGCUUAUGUGGGUGGGAAAUCAACUUAAAAGUUACUUUAUAAACUUUUCAGUUUGGAGUUCCCAUGCAGAUUUUUCUCUUAAAGCAAAGGUGGACUCUGAGCUCUUCAAAGUCCACCUCUCUGAGGCCGAACAGGCUCUAAACCAGACCACGCAGAGUGUGUUAGCAUUGACCAAUGCUUUGUCUUCAAUAGGAACGAUAUUGUCUCCAACAUUAGGUCUUUUAUUCAUUGUGCUCCUCACUGCUUUAUACCUGAGAAGAUUUCAUGUAGACAAAAAGCACAACAACAUAUACAUCACGAAAACGUUCCGCUGCUUUGACGAGCAGCAAAGGGAGGAGGGUAAACCGGGUGUCCUUCCGCUUAGCAAAAGCGAAUCGGAACGUUAUAUAGUGACCCCGUCCGUCCGUCCGACCGGUCGGCAGUGGAAAGCCAUGUUCAAGUUCAGUAUUCCUAUAUUCACUCAUUGUCUCACCUGGCUGCUGUUUAUUAGUCUCGACGGCAUGAUUUACUGGCUUAUUGUGGUUCUGAGCAAGCGGCUCGGGGAACUGGAGCCACUUCAUGUUCCUGUGGGAAUAAAACUCCAGGAAGCAACAUUAUUUCUAGGUUUACCUGUUAAGGAAAAUGCAAAAGGGGCUGAUUUUUCCUACACAGUGUCUCUGUUUGAAAAGAAGUGCUUGCCUGAACCAGAACUGUGGCUCUAUCAAUCUCUGGUUCCUCUGUCUGUCGUCCUGGCCUUGCUGGUUGUUCUGAUUCUGCUGUCAUCACAGAUCGUCCAGCUCAGGGUUGUGCUAUCCGAGCAGUUUUUCUCAGAUGUCGCAAGGAAAAGAGCUGCUUAUCUACAUGCAAAGAUUUUAAGAAAGCGGUGCAAGUCUAAAGUGGGAGAACAUGAAGGUGAUCUGAAGACUUUAGCCAUGCAGCCCAGUUUUUGGUGCCCCUUACUCUUCCAUAAGCACAGAACAAACCCUGACGCUGUUUAAGUAGGCUGGAAGUUUGUUACAGUUUGUCAAGCAGCCAUAAUCGCAGGUUUGAGAGAGUACAUGUGGACAAGAGAAUUUACAGGCAUUUUUUAUCAAAAAGUGCACCUUAACAUUGCACUGGGGGUUCUGUUUGUGGUGUCCCAGUGGUCUGAGUAUAGAAGGCAAUGGGAAUGGGAUGAUAGGCCAUGGGCCCUAGUCAUCAGUUUGUUUUGAAUAGACCCAGGAGCCCUAGUGGUCAUCACACACCAUACUGUAUGUGAUCAGGACCCUGGAUUUCUUUUUUUUUACUUUGCAGCUAACCCUAUACACUCAGACAUUCUCUGCUUUCACGUCCAUUGAAAUCCAUUGCAGUUAGUCAGUUUUCAUUCGUUUUUUCUUGUCAUUUUAAGUUUAAAAUGGUCAAACAGUGUGCAUGGGGUACAUGCAACUCCAACACUAGGUUCCCGAAAGGCUGGGCGUGUUUU